CUUCACUGGGACUUAAGAUAUCAGUUCUUGGACGUUAAACAAUCACAUCCGUUCAGCUACUUAAAUUUUACACGAAAUCUUCAAAUUUGAAGAAGAAAGGAAAAUUUACGAUUUUAACUAAUAUUUGAAAAGAAAAAAAAGUAUCAGUAGUAUUCUAUCACGAUUCAAACUCUUACUAGUAUUCCUGAAAGCAUUACAACUCUAAGACUAUAAUGUUGCAUAUGUAUUAAGUGGUUACAGUUGAGGACGAUCAAGGGAAACACAGAUGAAAAGCUCCAUGGGAGAAGAAGAAGAAGAUGCAGUCCGUCGGUCCAGAUUUCCUGAAAAGAAUAAUUCCUGUAUUGAAAUAACAGGAGAUAAUGAGGAAGUGAAUGAUAAUCCUAUAGAGCAAGUAAGGCUGACGGUUCCCAUCACAGAUGAUCCUUCACAACCAGCGUUAACUUUUCGAACAUGGGUUCUUGGGCUAGCGUCAUGUGUGCUGCUUGCUUUUGUGAACCAAUUCUUUGGAUUCCGUACGAAUCAGCUAGGUGUUGGUUCAGUUUCUGCUCAGAUUGUGACUCUCCCACUAGGAAAGUUCAUGGCUGCAGUACUUCCCGAAAAACAAAUCAAAAUUCCAUGUACAAAAUGGUCAUUUUCCUUGAAUCCAGGACCCUUCAAUUUGAAAGAACAUGUCUUGAUAACCAUUUUUGCAAGCACUGGGGCGUCAGGUGUUUAUGCAGUAAGCAUUAUUACUGCUGUCAAGGCCUUUUAUAGGAGGCCUCUCCAUCCACUUGCUGCUAUGUUGCUAGUACAAACAACUCAGUUGCUUGGUUAUGGAUGGGCUGGUCUCUUCAGAAAAUUUCUAGUGGAUUCACCGUACAUGUGGUGGCCCUCAAACCUUGUCCAAGUCUCUCUAUUCAGGGCAUUGCAUGAAAAAGAAAAGAGACCUAAGGGAGGACUCACUAGGCUGCAAUUUUUUCUCAUUGUUUGCGCAUCGAGCUUUUCUUAUUAUGUCCUUCCAGGCUACCUGAUGCCUUCCUUGUCUGCAAUCUCCUUUGUUUGUUGGAUAUGGAAGGACUCGGUCACAGCUCAACAGAUUGGUUCAGGGUUAAAUGGCCUUGGUAUUGGCUCUUUUGGCCUUGACUGGUCGACUGUUUCUAGCUUUUUGGGUUCACCUCUUGCUAUGCCUUUCUUUGCUAUUGCAAAUACUUUGGCAGGCUUUUUCAUGGUUAUGUAUAUUAUAGUGCCCAUUUUUUAUUGGACUAACACAUACGAUGCUAAGAAAUUCCCCAUAUAUUCAUCGCACACUUUUGACAGUUACGGCCAUACUUACAACAUAAGCCGAAUUCUCAACCACCAAACUUUUGACAUUGACAUGGAUGCUUAUACCAAUUACAGCAAGCUCCAUCUCAGUAUUUUAUUUGCCUUUGCAUAUGGACUUAGUUUUGCAGCUCUCAUGGCUACCAUUUCACACAUAAUCCUCUUUGAGGGAAAGAAUAUUUGGGAAAUGUGGAAGAAGACUACCAGUGCAGUGAAAGAUAAAUAUACUGAUGUGCAUUCUAGAUUAAUGAAGAAGAACUAUGAAGCAGUACCUCAGUGGUGGUUUAUUGCAAUCUUGGUUGGAACUGUAGCUUUAUCCCUUCUUGCAGUAGAAGGUUUUAACAGACAAUUACAACUUCCAUGGUGGGGGCUUCUCCUUGCUUGUGCCGUUGCACUUGUUUUCACCCUGCCCAUUGGGAUUGUUCAGGCCACAACAAACAUGCAAAUGGGGUUAAAUGUGAUCACAGAGUUUAUUAUUGGAUAUAUCUACCCCGGGAAGCCUCUUGCUAAUGUGGCAUUCAAGACAUACGGCUACAUCAGCAUGGCUCAAGCCCUCUAUUUUGUGCAAGACUUCAAGUUAGGCCACUACAUGAAAGUCCCUCCCAAAUCCAUGUUUAUCGUUCAGUUUGUUGGAACGAUAGUGGCUUCGAGUGUCUGCUUUGGCACAGCAUGGUGGCUUCUGUCAACUGUUGAGAACAUAUGUAUCCCAGAAUUGCUACCAGAAGGAAGUCCAUGGACAUGCCCUGGGGAUGAUGUUUUCUACAACGCUUCAAUCAUAUGGGGAGUCAUAGGCCCUCUCAGGAUGUUUGGGAAGUUAGGUUUGUAUGCAAAAAUGUGCUGGUUCUUCCUAGUUGGUCUACUCGCCCCAGUUCCAAUAUGGUUACUGUCACUCAAAUAUCCUGAGAAGAAAUGGAUCAGGCUCAUCCACAUGCCAAUUUUCUUGUCUGCCACAGCAAUGAUGCCACCAGCUAGAGCUGUGCACUACUUGUCUUGGGGAGUUGUUGGAAUCUUUUUCAAUUUCUAUAUUUAUAGAAGGUACAAGGCAUGGUGGGCUAGGCAUAAUUACAUCCUAUCAGCUGCUCUGGAUGCUGGGGUUGCUUUCAUGGGAAUAAUAGUCUUCUUCAGCCUUCAGUCGCAGAAUAUCUACGGUCCUGACUGGUGGGGUCUGGAUAGCACUGAUCAUUGUCCAUUGGCAAAAUGUCCCACUGCACCAGGGGUAGUUGUGAAAGGAUGUCCUGCUGUUAAUUGAGGUGUGCUUGAAAGUACAAACGAUUGUGAAAUUCACAGAAGAUUUCAGAAAGGUGCAUAUGAUCAUGGGAAUUAUAAAAUAUUAGAUCAGUUGUCGCAUAUAAAUGAUCUUUUUUUUUUUCUCUCUUUUUGCCGCUUUGGAUUUUGGCUUCCAGAUUCGUAGUUGGUUUUAUUUUAUCUUUGAUUAUAUUU